AUGGCGGCUCUAGCCGUUACGGAGUGGGACGAAGCGACUGCAUGGUUUGAAGUGCAGGAAUUAUGUCGUUCUGUCAAACCAUCAGUUGUACUGGCAGAGUUUCGCUCAAGAGGAUGGAGUCUUGAUGACUCAACGACGGAGUCCCAAAGGGACCAUGACGAGUUGCGUAACUUGAUUCGAAAUCUUUCGAGAAGAAACCGCUUGCGUGAAUUCCGUCAAGUACUUGAAGAUCUCAAAGUUGAGCCUAGUCCUCGACCUCACCCGGAAAUGCUGUCAACUCAUUCGGUUCAGAGGUCGCCAGAGAGCUCAUCUUCUUCACUAGAACUAGAUGUGCCGCAUGUUGCUACGUCGGCGGAUCACAGCGACGCUUUUGGAGACGAAAUAGAGCAAUCAAACGCAGAAUCAGCUCUAACGAACCUCGCCGUACUCGUUACAUCCGAAACCAGCAGAAUCGAAGCGUCUGAAGAGUCUAGACAAAUUGCGGCGGCGCUAAGAAAGAAAGGAGAUAGCUUCUACAGUCGCGCACAGCAGCCGCCAUCGAAGGAGGAAAGAACUUCUUUGCUUAGUGCAGCUAAGCGUAUGUAUGUGCAAGCCCUCAAACUACAUGCAGAAGAUCUUGAACUGUACAAACGGACUUUCUACUGUUGCAAUCAACUCGAAGAAUCAGCCGAUGAUGAGGCAUUUUCUUUAUUAUUUAAAGCUCUCUCAUCCGAUCGUCAAGCCAGCUCGGAAGAAAUUUUGAGCAUUUUACAGGACGGCUAUACCUUUACCCGCAAUCGUCGCUGGUUACGCCAGUGUUUUCUUAGAGCCGUGGAACUGGAAGGUAAGCUGCCUUGCUUUGUAGCUGUGAGGUAUAUAUAUGUGAAGUUUCAUUCACAGUUGUUACUUCUUAGCUAUGUGUACACUGGUGGUGCGCAGAAAUUGCACUUUUGUCCUGGUGCUGAUGAUGUUAAAGUGGUUGUGCUUGAAAUGACAAAGAGUAAGAGAUUUGAUGUGGUGGACAUGCUCUUUCUUGGCGGAACGUCAACAAUACCGCGAGAAAAUGGAGGCUUUGCGACUGCAGCUCCGUGCAAAAUACCAAAGUUUCCUCUCGCAAAGUUUAUCAAAUCGAGAUCAAAGUAUUGCACUACUGAUUUGUUAGAACAGCUGCUUUGCUGUGGUGUCCUUCCCAGCGGUCCUCCAGGUAAUCCUCCUGUACAGGCAUGGGAAGCUGGACGAGAUGAUCUUCUAGCCUUGCUCAUAAGGAAUAAUGCAGACCUUUCAGAUCUUCAAACAAAGCUGUUUAGACCACCAAGACCAGACAACAUGCUGCACGGAGCACUAAAACUGGCGCUAAAAAAAGGCGACGUUGAUCAGUUGAAGAGAAUGGUUGCUUUGGCCAAGGAGUCCGGACGUCUAGAAGAUUGGGAAUGUGACAAAAAGGGGGAAACUGUGUACACGAUUGCGUGUGCAAAAACGAAGCGCAGCCAACUUGUUCUCAAGACAAUAAGAUAUCUAGCAGAGAACGUACUUGAUCUGAAUCCAGAAAAACGGAAUAGUUACGGCAAAAGGCCCAUAGACAUUGCAAAAGCACAUCCCAUCAUACACAUCGAUCUGCAACAAUUGCUAGAAAGAGCUACAGAAAAUUACCGAAAAGCACAUCCACGUGUGUAUCAACAUCAAGUUGUGGAACAUGUUUCUGUUGCGCAAGAGGCAGAGAUGUCAACCGAAAAUAAGUCAGAGAUAGAAUGCAAUCUCCUCAGUUCGCCUUCGUCAACUGCACAGGAACCGACAAUGUCUAGUCCUGCAGCUACCGACGUUGACUUGGAGCAAGCAAUGCUGGCCGAAACGGCGAGCAAAGAUAACGCAAAACUUGACAACAAUACUACCACAAACGUGUUAAAAAAUGUUGACGUAGAUGUUCGUAGAAACCCAGCUUCUGUUGAUUCUAGCGAUUCAGCACCAGUACCUGCAUUGCUUGCAGAAAGUCGCAAUUCCGGCACUGAACUCUCAGCAAGACAGUGUACAAAUAGAAAAACUAACAAUGAAGCGUUUGCUUGGGAAGUCGAAUUCCGCAAGGAAGUAAUGGAAAAAUUGCGUGAGCUCAGCAUGCCUGAUCGAAAGGAAGUUCUAGAAGUAAUCAACUGUUUAGCAGACGGAAGUUCAGCCGUAGAGCUUAUGGGAACAGCCUUUCAAAACGGAAUUCACAUACGAAUGGCUUCAAUCACACUAAAAAGUAUUUUUAAACAAGUAAACCUUCUUUGGGAAAAGGCGAUUGCUUUUUCUUCCAGAAGUAAUGAGGCAAAGGCGAUUGCUGUUUCUUCCAGAAGAAAUGACGAAAAGGCGAGUGUUCCACCCAGAAGUAAAGAAGCGUCAAGCCGUCAAAGGACUAGCAUAGACUUUCUACGUCUGUAUGCUGAAAAAAUCCGCAUAUGGGACUUUGCUCGAGAGCAACAGGAGCAAGAUAAAGCUGUUGAAGAGAUUCGUAACUCUAUCAACAGUGGCAAUCAAUGUAAUCCCAGAUUUCUGAAAAAAGUCAGACCCAUGCCAGUCGAUAUAGUUUCGAAUGAAAGUAGUUCAAUUCCAAAAUUUUAUGCAAUUGAACGAGGAGACAAAAACGAUUCUGAGAAGUCCCAAGUAGUAACCGUAUCUCUUCCAAGAAGUGUCAACGAAGAUGACUUCACAACAGAAAAGUUCUACGCAUUUACGUCCGACGUCGCAAAUAGAAUUAAAGGUGAAGAACCUUGUGAUACCAACUGUUUUCCUUUCAUUGUGACUGAUCAGGAGCACGAGGUGAUUCGAACUGAAUGUGAUCAACCCAUACUGGUUCAUGGCAGAAGUGGUACGGGCAAAACUACAUGUCUUAUCUACAGACUGUGGGAAAGAUAUCAAACUCGACGAACGCAAACUCAAGCCAAGAAGUUUCUCCGUCAGAUAUUCAUAUCAAAAAAUCCAGUAUUUGUCAAACGAGUUGAAAAUUACUUUGGCAAGUUGUCUUUAGGAUCUGGGAUUGCUCGAGAAAAAGUCAAAGAAACGAGUCUACAAAAGAUUCAUUCCGACAAGUUUCCCCUCUUCCUCACGGCAAGGGAAUACUUUGCAAUGUUAGAAGCGGCUACAGCUAGUUCGAGUGAUUCUGCAGAGAAAUGCACUACUGCAAAGUCGUUUAAGAGACAACAGUCAUACGAUGAAGAGAAAGGUAUAACUGUUGAAGAUCUGCCCCCUGAACGACGAUGUGAUGAACUAGACUGGUUGACAGACGGAAUGGACGAUGUAGAAGCAGACGACAACGACCUCGAUGAGACAAUUAACGAUCUGGAAACUAACAGUGAAACAUGGGCUUCAGAAGGAGAGAUUACAUAUUCUACAUUCAAUACUAAAAUGUGGAAUACCUUGAUAAAACGUGCGAAAGUUCAAGACAAUAAGACGUUGCGUCCUUCUCUAGUUUGGAAAGAAAUCAAGUCUUUUAUAAAAGGAACUUGGCAAGCUGUACUCAACGAGGACGGUUACUUGACUGAAGAAGAAUACGUCAAGAAAAUAGGAAAGAAACAAGCUCCUGACUUUGCAGACCAAGACCGACGGCAAAUAUACGAAAUGGCACAAACAUACAAAGAGCUACUUAAUCAAAAUCGUGAAAAUGAUGAGUGUGAUAGAGUGCGGACUCUCUGUAACCGAUUUCUCUAUUUACAAGGAAGGGAUUUGCUUCCUAUUUUAGGCGCUGUCGACGAAAUAUAUGUUGACGAAGUGCAAGACUUCACUCAAGCUGAAAUCGCACUUUUGACUCUUUCAUGUCGUCGCCCACAAAACAUGUUUUUGACGGGCGAUACAGCUCAAGCUGUUACGAAAGGAAUCAGCUUUCGUUUUGAAGAUUUGCGGCAACUCUUCCUCCAACUACCGCUGAAAACUCGGCUUCAGCCGAAGCCAGCAUACCAACUAACAGAAAACUAUCGUUCUCAUUCCGGCAUUUUAAAACUUGCAGCAAGUAUUAUCGAAAUUCUAGAGCAACGGUUUUCUCCUUACUUUGAUCACAAACUUCCAAAAGACGAAGGACGUUUUGAUGGUCCUAAGCCGAUAUUUCUUGAAAAAUUCAAACCAUCUCAGAUGGCCGAGGUUGUACAAACUCCCAGAAAAGAAGGCAAACGCGUGGAAUUCGGAGCAUACCAAGCGAUUAUUGUGCGAUCUGGAGAGGCACGAGGGAACUUACCAAAUGAUUUGAAGUUGGGUCUAUGUCUCACUAUAUUCGAGGCUAAAGGAUUAGAGUUUCAGGAUGUUCUGCUAUACAACUUUUUCAAUGAUUCGGAGGCUACCCUACAAGAUUGGAAAAUGGUCAAGACCCUGGCUGAGAAGUCUGAGGGUACGGACAAGGAUUGGUGCACACUCGAAAAGCGAGGAGCCAACUGUCGGGUUUUGUGCUCAGAGCUCAAGCAGCUCUACACGGCCGUCACUCGUGCUCGCCGAAAAAUAUGGAUUUAUGAUGAUGACACAAGAAAAAGAAGUCAGAUGGCAGCGUAUUUCUGUCGUCGUGAAGAGUUGGUCGAUAAAAUCGAAAACCCGUCGGACAAUCUAGAAGUAUUGAGCAAGCAAUUCGCUCAACCUUCUGACGAAGCCAAAUGGGAAGAAUGGGGUCAGGAAUUUGAAGAUGACAGACGCUGGAAUUUAGCCAUAAUGUGCUACGAAAAAGCUGGUGACGGUGCGCACAAAAAGGUGCAAUUCUGCAAAGCCCACUUGACGGUUGCUCGUUGGAGAAAGAGUCGUGCACACGACAGAGACAAACGUCACCAUGAACUCGAUGAAGCAGUUCAAACCUUUCAAUCAUUACGCCAUCACGAUCUGGCCGCAAAAGUUUAUUGUCUAGCUCGCAAAUUUGCCAAGGCAGCAGAAAUUCUAGAUGCCGCUGGCAAGGGAGAUAGAGCAAUUGCUCUAUACAAAAAAGCCCGUGAUGCAGAACGUAAGGGAACCUCGCAUGAUCAAGUCACGGACGCUUUACUGGUAUGUUGUAAAAAAUACAACAAUUGGGAGAUACUAGUUUCAAUUCUGAGAGAAGAGAGCAAAUUUGAAGAAGCCAUUGAAGAAGUGAGAAGAUACAAUAGAAGUAUUAUUGCAGAAAACCAGCGGGUAAAAGAUGUUAGACCUCCAAGUGUAAGUAUUGAAAAGUUGGCGUUUGACGCAGCCUGCCACUACCAUCGAACUGACAACACGGACAGGUUCAUUCACGUGGCUAAACUCCUUUCUCACGCAUCUCUACAACAAUUCGUUCAAGAUAUGCAACAAAAAGAAAACGUCAGCUAUAAGACAUUUGGGCUUCUGCAAGAAGCAGGCAAAUUAUCUCUUAUAGACGCAGCUAAACUAUAUUAUCGAUCUGGAAAGCUUGAACAAGCUGUUUUAGUUUCUGAACACUGUCAUGAAAAGACAGAUCGUGAAUUUGUAGCUCACUGCAAGAGCUGUCUCACAAGCAGACAAAUAAAAGAGUAUGUGUCUCAGAGUAAAUCGAACACAUCAACUAUUGCCGAAGUUCUCGAUGAGGGACAACUACUGGUUCUAGCAAAAAAAUAUUCCGAAGAAAAUCUUUCUGAUGGAGAAAUUGAUACAAACUUUCUUCUAUUUCGUUUGACGAAAAACACCAAGUAUUUGUUUGAAGCAUACAAGCUCUCUGUCAAGUGUAAGAAUAUAGUAGGCGAAGCGUUGUCGAUUCACCUCUUACGCAGGCGAGAUCUCGACCCUUCAGCAGGUGUCAGCAUCAUGAACACUCUGCAAACAGUGCAACGUUUAUGCACUUUUUGCGAAAGUCUGAAACGCACUAUCGCCACCGGAAUGUAUGAUAGAGAUAUAAAACUGUUUGAAAGACAAUUGAACUUUCUCGGUGUUUUUCUGGACAAAUACGUUCUUGAGAAGGCCGAUGCUAGGUUAUGGUUUCCCACGGGAGUUGAAGUCAUCCAUCUUUGGGAACUGCCUGGCGCACAUCGCCUGAAAUCAAAAUCAAAGAGACAACUUCCUGUAGAAUGCAACAAAGUAUUCUUGGUGAUAAUCGAAGCACUCUUACAAAUGGCUUGUGAUGUCAUGGUAAGCACCACAGACGUGGCAGAGAGUCAGUCUGUUGGUACGAGUGCAAGUGCCGUCGUCGGAAUCAUGCACGAAAUUAACAGUCUUGUUGACGCAACGUGGUGUCCAGAAUUUCUAGUAGGAGCAAAAUGCGCUCACGAGGUCCACGACACAUCUAUCAAGAAAGAAGAUUCGGUUUCGGUGACUAUACACUUUAUCAACGCAUUAGAUAGCCUUAUCAACCUUGCAACAAAUUGGAAGACUGAAAAGAAGCAGCAAAUUUUUUUGAUUCAAAUAAUGAACAAGCUGCAAACAAUCCUUAGAGGUGCGGUUAAAAAUGUGAUCAAACUUUGCUAUCCAGGAUUACACUGCAAACUCGGUGGAUCCGAAAAUCGAGCAAUGAUUCAAUGGGCCAAAAAACUUGAUGACGGGACAAUGCGCACCCUGGGCUACCGCACAACAUCACAAGCACAAUUAAGUUUUAGCACCAUUGAUUUGUUUAACGUUUGGCGAGCGCACUGUCUAGCUGGAAAGAAACCACAGCUAGAGUUUAAGAACUGGUUGAAGAAAGCUCAAAAUACAUUUUUUCGGAAUCGACCAAUCAGCGACAACCAUAACGAGUGGCUACAAGUGGAGUUGUCCAAGUCACUAGUUCAGUUUCAAUUCCGGGGUCCGGAGAAUGGUCAAUCCAAACACUGUUUUGCUCUGUGGUUGUGGAUUGAGUUUAUAGUUGACGUGUAUUGGGAUCAAGACUUUACUUCAGCUUUACAGGCACUAUUUUACUUAGUCUCGUUUGAAUUAAGACUUGAUGGUGUCAAAAUUGAGCAAGAAAGGUCGGACAAUAUUUUGAUGCUUACAGAAAUUGGUGUAGCUGUAGCACUUCUUGUACUCUCAAAAACUGGAAAAGCCGUCGUCAUUCCUUCACCAUUAGUUGCAGGAUACAUGGUUUUGGAUGCAGCAGUCAAUUCCAACAAUAAAGGACAUCAACUUCGAAUGGAAGAAUCUGUGCAGAAACUUUCAUUAGAUAUUAAUACAGUGUUGUGGGCGAGACAUUUCCUUUUGCUAGCUGCCAUGGUUGUGAUGAAGUAUUUAGAGGACAAACAGCAAGCUACAACUGAUGACGUAUCCUCUGCUUGCGACGCCAGGUCUGUAAGACGUCUGGUAAUCGUACUCACUCUCAUGUGCAACUCAGACAGUGGAAGUACCUUGAGGCGGCGGUGCAAGUCAAUGUUGUGUGGCAGCAUGAAACAUUGGUUGUCGGAAAGAGCAAAUUACACUACAGCGUCAGGACGAGAGGUUCACACCGCUACACAGGCAAUGGCAUGUCUUAGAGAGGUUCUGUCUCGUUAUCAACCAGAACAGUGGCUGUAUUGCGCUGACUGGAGUCCACAAAGCAGAUACCUUUUACGCCGUCUGACGAAACCUUCAGACUAUCAGUUACUCUCCCCAUUGUUGGAGACACAAAGGUUAGGAUUAACAUUUCCCGAAGAAUUUCCUACGACUGAGAAACUUAGAACUAUCAGCUUUCCCUACAUUUCGUCGCUAAACCUUCCCCAGUUAAGGGAAAACUAUGUAUCAACUUGUGCAACACAAUUCGCGCUUAGACAACGACAUGGCAGUGACGAUUAUUCCCCGCGUCAACAGAAAACGAAAUUUUCAGCUGAUCGAACUCAAUCGCUUCCUCCAAGGCAUAUGAGGCCUAUUCAAGAUAGAAAAUCAGAUGCUUCUAACAACCAGUCGUCGGAUAUCUGCGAAUUAGCGCAGGAACCAAGUGGGAUUCAAAGCACCAACGUGGAAGAUACCGGUAACGACCCGACCAACAGAUUAAAAAUUUUCACAGAAACAAAGUCAGCAAACAACCUUUGUAGAAAGGACACAGUUUCGAGUGCUUCGAUAGAGCACGACAAAGAAAUGUCUGUUGAUAUUGAAGGACACGAAGCUCGUUUUUCAAAAUGGUUGCAAGCGGGACCAUUCACAAUAGAUAAAUCAGGAGGAGAGAUAGUCAGUCCGGGAACUGAUAACUAUGUUAGAUUUCCUCCCGACGCUGUUAGUGAAGGAGAAUCUAUUCAAGUCUCGUAUGCACAGUUUCGUUUAAACAAUUGCUGGCAAAGUGAUGAUGGUUGUUUGCUUGAUAUGAUUCAACUACUUCCUCAUGAUGCCAAGUUUCAUAAGCGCGUUGACGUCUUCAUAAGACAUCAUGUAAUAAUCGACGAGUCUUGUGAAGUCAUAGUGAUGAGAUCUACAGUACAAGCUGACCAACCUCGUAGCUGGCAUACUAUUGCACACCUCUCAGUUAAGGACAGAUCAGCGAGCGUUCGUCAGUCCGAGGAAGACGAUGACACGCUCGUCGUAUGGCUAGAAGAAAACUACGUAGGUAUUACGUCCAAGCAUUUCUGCGAAGAUUGUGUUGUAGUUAAAGGAAAAAUGAAACUUGCUGUCCAGUGCUACCAACUGCUAGCACGUAAACCGGAAUCUAAUAGAUUCAGAGCACGACUUUGUCUUUCUUGUCCAUCCAAAGAGCGCAUGAAGAGAGUGAAGGAGGACUUCCCCGAAGACUAUCGUGCAGUGCGUAAAGACGUCCAGUACGUGUUAGUGAAAACGGACAAACGUGCUUCACUGUUCAUAACACUAGAAAGGUACACUGACGGAUGGAAACUAAUGCAAGAAGAUAAGGCUCAAAUUACAGUAGUACAUGACGAUAUCGAGAAUUACGCACAAAACGAACAGCUACCCCAGCAAUGGACCUUGUGGUUUGACAAAAGCAAAAAGAGUUCUGAUUCUAAUCAUUUUGAGAUGUCCAUACGUUUCUCCAGUGUGGGAGUUGAAGACGUAAGUAUUGAUGUAUGCGGCACUAGCGCUAGCCCUGAUGACGGCGACGCCCUACUCCAAGCUAACGACGACGGAGUAUCGCUCAAUGAGACAUCAGUCGACAUUUCAAUGAUAAGAUUGAUUCGAAAACUCUAUUGUAAAGUAUCUCAUAAAUGGAAGGCUAUAGCUCGUGCCUUGCCAGGUUCUCAAGCCGUAGGCUUGCAAGACUACGAAAUUGAAAAAAUUGCUAAGUACCACAAGGACGACUCUGAUGAAUGUUGUUACCAAGCUCUGACACAGUGGAUGAGAAAGCAUGAAGACAUAGCUACUCCGGAGAAGUUAUCUAUCGCUUUGCUGGAGGUAGAUCACGAGCUGGCUAGCGCUGCUAUCGAAGUCUUACCAGAAUUGGCCCGGAAGAACGAGAGUGCCAGACGACAAUGA